CAUAUACAUGAAGCAAGAGAAUACGGGCCUGACGGGAACUGCAAAGAAGGCCUUUGAGUUCCUUGAAAAGUUCUUCCAGAAGGCUGGCGGAGAACACAUCCCAAAGAUUGACAUGGUGUUCGGCCCGGCAGCAGAGGCGCAGGAGAGCCUCGGCAUUAUUGUGCUGGACGAAACCCUUAAAGAAGAGCAAAUUUGUGCUAAAAUCGCCAGACAGUGGACACACGUCCUGAUGAACCAGCCAAACGAUACCACUUGGCUAGGUUCCGCUGGCAUCACCUACCUGUGCCAGCUGGCGGUAACCGAGGAAAGCGUGUUGCCAGCCACGAUCAUAAAACAACUGAAAGAAUGCACGAAUGCUACCCCGGAUACUGACACAAUGGACCUGCUGGCGUUCCGCAUGGUGCACAUCAUUCUCGGUGACGCAGCCACCCAGGCGGCUAUACAGGCACACGUCACCGCACAUAUCUUUAAAGCCACGACCAGUGAGAAAGAAAUGGCUGCUUUCAGUCCGAUUACUGGAGAAAACAUCGCUCGCUGGCGCACGGAAAAAUUCAAGACAAAGAAGCUGGACAGGGAGCUGGGAACCCAAAAAAAGAUCACAUGGAAGGAACCGACGAACGAUACCACGCCAUUCGCCAAGGACGCCACGACGAGCGCCGUAGAUGCUCGCGCACCCGCUGCUGUCGCCGUUGCCUGGCUGAACACGACCCAUGCUGAAGUCGUGGUGACUGCCGAGGACACAGAGCCCCUGUACGUGAACCCCUCCAUGAUGGCGUGCUACGGAAUCCAUCUCAACUCGGAGUGGUGGGAACUCAUUGGCAAAGACAUGGAGACGACACCACCAGAUGCCAUCAACGCUUGGUACCUUCUGGGUGAGGCGGAAAAGCAGUUCGCAACAAUCCAGCGGAAAGCAGACUUCAGCGGCUUCGUGUGGAUGUGGGCUGCCCUGAAGUCCGGCGACAUAGACUUGUGGGACGAGCACGUCAAGAAGUUUGUCGAAACCGAGAGGGUGUUCUACUCCAUGCUCGACGACACGCAAAUUAACGAGACCAAGUACGAGGCACGCAUCAAGGCCGUGAUAGAAGCCAGGGUCAAAGCCAUCAAAGCGCCAGAAAUAACACCCGAAAACGCUCAGAAAGCACCUGUCCUGCUCGCCAACCUGGCGUGCGAGAUCGGGAUGGGGGAAUGUAGCGCGCUUGUCCCCGAUAACGUCACUGCAAGUGGACUUGACAAUGCCUUCGAUUCCGCACCUCUGGCCCCCGAGGCGGUAGCCUGCUAUUUCGGCUCCACUGUGACGCAUGAAGCAGAGUUCGACGCCAGGAUGCCGCUGACGCCGGGCUCCGAGCCGUCCUGGUCGGUACGCUUGGCCUUCUGCGGUUGCAUUCCGAGCCAGUAUCAGAACCUGACCGAUAAGGUCAACGAGCAGUACACACUGGCGCUCGAGAAAGACUGGACAGACGCAGAGGCCGCGUCCAUUCGUGUGCCCUACGGCCUGCGUAAAUUGGCACUGGAUACCUUGGCUCCUACAGCGACACUGCCUACGGAGGCUGCCGUGUACCAAAAAUUUCUGAAGAGCGCUGAAAUCUUGAAACUCGUACGAACGACAGAAGAGCUGGAAAAGGUGAAGGUGGAAGCAGCAUCCAAGGGGGGUAUUCCGGAUACUGUGUUGCAAGCACUCGAGGCCAGCCUCGUAUCGGUGAAUGCGACCCUCCUAGAAUGGAUCAACUACUCACCGCCGCCGCCUUAAGUGGGCCAGCGCAAGGAGGCCCAACUGCGUGGUGCCUGCCACUCCCCGAUAUGGAGCCACCUCUAAAUAAAUUGGUUUGGCCCUCCCACGCCUGUGAACAUACUAGAUUCAACAGUGGGCUUUGCGAAUGACGACUUUCUUCGAAUGGUGAUGCUCAA